AGCAGCUGGACUCUGGCACGAGGAGAACUGUCAGUUCAGAGGAUCGUCUGCCAACGUAAGGAUAUUGCUGGUGUGGCGUGUGGGGCCACAGGCCCGGUGACGAAUUGAUUUUAAAGCGAUGCUGAAGCACGUGCAUACGUCAACGGCGUCGUUGUCUCCGUUUCGCUGCAUCAAAUCACAGGCCAAUGAUGCACUCAGUCUCAACAGCAGUCUCAGCUUCGGCAGUGGAGGUGCCGAGCAACUGUCUUCGCGAUCGUCCAGCACGAGCAGUCUUCACGAAGUUUUGCAACCUCGGAAGACAAUGGUGAAGGUGUACGCCAGAGUGCUGUGUGCUGACAUGGAAUACAAGACGAUGUCCAUCGAGGCCACCACUUCCAGCGCCGAAGUCGUCCGCAUGUUGCUGAAUAAAUUCAAGAUGAAACAUAGAGACCCCAACCUAUUUUACCUCACAAUGGAAGUAUGGAUGCGAAAGACGGGCAUCCCCAUUCGGACUAUCAUGGUGCUCGAUGACGAAGCGCGACCUGUCGAACUGCAGUCCUGCCACCCAAAAGGAGAAUCAAAAUUUUUACUUCAGAUGAGGCGAGGUGGCUUGGUUAAGGUGUACGAUAGCUGCUUAAUGGCUGGUUCCCUGUACAAGAGCCUCUUGGUGUCUGAACGCACAACAGCGGAGGAAGUGGUGCAGCUUGUCCUGCAUUGCUACAACUCCAGUGACAGGGCGUCCAAGUUUUCUCUCUUUGAAGUGUGCCCACUCAAAAACUAUGAGAGGGUGUUACAUCCGCAAGAGCUUCCACUAAGAAUCCAGCAGAACUGGCCAUCGCCAGAACAUUUUGCAUUUCAUCUCAGGAGGAACCAAGACUCACCAAAGCGGCAGCUUCCGUGGAAGCGCCAGUCUGAUGUCAGUGGGCACCACAACUUUCGACUCAACAAUUCAAGAAGUGAGCCCAGCCCUGUCGCCAUCCACUCACCUACCUUGAAGCCUUCGUACAACAACUACGAAAACUGCUUCUACAUUUAAUUGCUUGUUGUGGCCUCGAGCGCAUGUGCAAUGCAAUAUACGCGGCUCUCAAAUGUCAGAGGCCCACCCCACAUCAGUGACAUUUCGCACGGACAUCAACAGUGGAGGUGUUGCGGCCUCGGACACAGCCAUCGGCGAGUGUUCACCUGAGUGACCGCUAUUCAUUCUUGUUUGGUGACAACGGAACACAGUGUUCAUAUAUGUACACAUUUCAUUUUGUACAGUAUGAUCUGCACAGAAUUUCUCAUCUGCUAACUUCGCUGUGUAGGAUUUGUGUGCACCGUGUUUCAAUCAUCAUUUUGUAAAGUCUGCGCUGCUCACAGAUGCACCAAAGAAAGACUUGGCGGAAAAGUACGGAAAUAUAUGACGCGUAUAGGCCAUUAAGACACACCGAAGUGCAAGGCCUACACUGUAGGGGUGACAUCCCUCCAAUCAUUUUGCAAAGCUCAUUGCCAGCGGAAGACUUAAAAGGUUUUAUUACACGAGAAGGGGCUGAUACUAUACUACCUACAUACAACAGGAAUUGUGGCUCCAUUGGUAGCACGUGUAUAUAUAUUUUGUAUCCAUGGCUGUUCUAGGUAUUUCCCUCGAAAAGAGUCAGCGUGUGAAUGAAUCCUUCAAAAUGUCAGGCAGUGCAUAGUUUUCUCGCUAUUGCCUGGUUUUCCUUUUCUGGUUCCGAAGAUUAACGUACUUCGCUGUGCAGCUGUUAAAGGGGGAGGGGGGAGCAGUGAAACGACAUUUAUCGCUGCUCGAAACCCAGCUUCAUUUAUCAAGCUAAGAGCCAGCGUGCAAAAUAUUUUCAUGCGUGUCGUCACUGCGAAAUUUAAUUUACAAACACACCCAGAAAAAUCGGUCGUGCGGCGUGACCUUGGAAGCGCGCGACCGGCAUUCUCACCCGUACCCCAUACGUCACGGAAUGACAUCAAUAUUGCUCUCUCCUCCUACGUGCUCUCUGAAGGAGUUGAGGGGUUUCAAGAGGACGUGCAGAUCAAAGACCUCGCACGCGCGCGCGUGCUGUAGGGGUGCGUUUUCUUAUUCAACCCGAGUAGCCAGGAGUUGGGUAACGACGUCAGAGCCUUUAUCAUCACGUGACUCCAGAGUAGCCACAUUUGACCGUAAUUUUCGAACGGCUAGAGUUACUCUGCGCUGAAAAUGGCGGACUGGCCUGAC